CAUACGACAAAAGCAUAGUACACAUAAAAGAAUUUCAAUUUAAAGUUUUAAUCAGUUUCUAAGCUGAAUUUUCUGAGAUGGGUGCUCUUCAGUCUACACUUCUCUACUUGAUUUUACUACACUCAUGCAAGAUUUUUGCUUACAAGGACCAAGAAUGGAAGAAAGCCACUGCCACUUUUGCCAAAGACUCAGAGGGGUCUCUUGUCACCGAAGGAGCUUGUGGUUAUGGAGAUCUCCACAAGGCAAGUUAUGGAAAACACAGUGCUGGCUUAAGCACCAUGUUGUUCAACAGAGGGAGCAUAUGUGGGGCCUGCUAUGAAAUCAGAUGUGUUGACCACAUCUUGUGGUGUGUGAUGGGAAGCCCUUCUGUAGUUGUUACUGUAACAGAUUUCUGUGCUCCAAAUUACGGGCUUUCUGUUGAUUAUGGUGGCUGGUGCAAUUUUCCAAGGGAACAUUUUGAGAUGUCAAAGACUGCAUUUGCUGAAAUUGCCAAGAACAAAGCUGAUAUAGUGCCGGUUCAGUAUAGAAGAGUAAAGUGUGAAAGAAGUGGUGGCAUGAGAUUCACAAUGAGUGGGGGUUCUCACUUCUAUCAGGUGCUGAUUUCCAAUGUUGGUGUGGAUGGGGAAGUGAUUGCUGUGAAAGUGAAGGGGUCUAGAACAGGGUGGAUACCAAUGGCUAGGAACUGGGGACAGAACUGGCAUUGCAAUGUCAACUUUCAAAACCAGCCUCUGUCCUUUGAGGUAACAAUCAGCAGUGGAAAAACACUCACAUCUUAUAAUGUAGCACCUGCAAAGUGGAUGUUCGGACAGACAUUUGAAGGAAAACAGUUUCAGAAUGAAUAGAUUCAAAAGUCUAGAUGAAAUUUUAGCAUUAUAAGAAGCUGUAAUGUAAACUAUGAUUAGUGAAAUCACCUGUCAAAGAGCACAAGCUUAAUUGUAUAUACAUAUAUAUAUGUUUGCUCAUGAUUCAUGAUCAAACACUCGUUCAUGCCUGUGGGGAAAAUGGUGAAAAGGAAAAAAAUUGCGCAAAGGGUAACCUAUGAUCCCUUUCCUAAAGAUUGAUCAGAAGUUCAGUAAUUGAGGGAACAAGCAUGUAAUUAGAAAGUGAUGUCAUGUGCAGUAUUCAAAUGAAAAAUUCAUUUUCUUUCC